UAUAUAGAACCCUGAGUGUGGUGGAAAAGCGAAGGAACAACAAUGGAGGCGUGGUUCAUAAUCGUAGUCUCUCUCUGCGUGUGCUACCUCGUGAAAGCCAUCUUCUCGCUCCACUCAUCAGCCUCCGCCACCACCACCGUCGCCAUCCCUCCGGGCCCCACCCACAUCCCCAUCAUCACGAGCAUCCUCUGGCUCCGCAAAUCCUUCUCGGAACUCGAGCCCAUCCUCCGGAGCCUCCACGCCAAGUACGGCCCCAUCCUCCGCCCCGCCGUCUUCAUCGCCGACCGCGCCAUCGCCUACCGCGCCCUCGUCCACAACGGCUCCCUCUUCUCCGACCGCCCCAAGGCCCUCCCUACCGCCAAACUCGUCACCAGCAACCAGCACAACGUCAGCUCCGCCUCCUACGGCGCCACGUGGCGCACUCUCCGCCGCAACCUCGCCUCCGAGAUGCUCCACCCUUCCCGCGUCAAAUCCUUCUCCCCGACCCGCGCCUGGGUCCUACGCGCCCUCCUCACGCGCCUCGCUUCCGAUUCCGAAGCCAACCCCUCCCUCAGCGUCAUCCCCCACUUCCGCUACGCCAUGUUCUGCCUCCUCGUCUUCAUGUGCUUCGGUCAAAGGGUCAACGACGCCAAGGUCAGAGACAUCGAGCGCGUCCAGAGACAAAUGCUUCUCGGCUUCAACAGGUUCAACAUCCUCAACUUCUGGCCCAGCCUCACGCGCCUUUUGCUCCGCGGAAAGUGGCAGGAGUUGCUUAGGUUAAGGAAGGACAAGGAAAACGUGUUGCUUCCGCUUAUAAGAGCCAGGAAGCAGAAGCAAAACCAAAACGGGUCAAACCACCACGACGACGUCGUUUCCUACGUUGACACGUUGCUGGAUUUGCAGUUGCCCGAGGAGAAGCGCAAGCUGAGUGAAGAGGAAAUCGUGACGCUGUGUAGUGAGUUUCUCGACGGGGGUACGGACACCACUUCCACUGCGUUGCAGUGGAUCAUGGCGAAUUUGGUCAAGUACCCGCACGUGCAAGAGAGGGUGUUGCAGGAGAUUAAACAAGUGGUGGGUGAAAGAGAGGAAAGGGAAGUGAAAGAAGAAGAGUUGCAUAAACUGGGUUAUCUCAAAGCUGUGGUUUUGGAAGGGUUGCGGCGCCACCCACCUGGCCACUUUGUGUUGCCGCAUGCGGUGUCUGAGGAUGUUAUUUUGGAUGAUUACUUGGUGCCGAAGGAGGCGACGGUGAAUUUCAUGGUGGCGGAGAUGGGGUUGGACCCUAAGGUUUGGGAGGAUCCCUUGGCGUUUAAGCCUGAGAGGUUUUUGAACGAUGAAGGGUUUGAUAUCACUGGGAGCAAAGAGAUUAAGAUGAUGCCCUUUGGAGUUGGGAGGAGGAUUUGUCCUGGUUAUAAUUUAGCUUUGCUUCAUUUGGAGUAUUUUGUGGCUAAUUUGGUUUUGAAUUUUGAGUGGAAGGUUCCUCAGGGAGGAGAUGUGGAUUUGUCGGAGAUUCAAGAGUUCACUGUCGUCAUGAAAAAUCCCCUUCAGGUUCACAUUUCUCCUAGGAUCUAGUCUAUGUUCUUCUGUACACAUCUCAUUAUCAUGUAAUAAAUUAAUAUUGUGUAUCAAUAAUAGGUUGGACUAUAAUAAUUUCAUAGAUGCAUACUCAAGUUGUUGAUCCAAGUACGGUGUAAGGAUAUUUUUGUUUGUUUGUUUUCGGUUUUGGUUUUGCAUAAAGUAGUAGCAACCAUUCAAGACAUGGAUACCAGUUAUUUAUUACGAGGACAAAUACAUGUACUUCGCGUUUAAUUUGAA